AAAAAUCCCUGGGAAUGUUUCAAUUUGACAGAAAAAGAUCCUAAACGUCCUAAAUUAAAUACGAAUAUGUCAAAGUGGCAUUUUAUAAAAUAUCUAUGAAAAUGGAAUAAUGAAAACAUUCAUGAUUCCACUUAGUCCUUGUGUAUUCAACUAUUGAACGACACGAAAAAUAACUUUUUCAAACAAUCUGUGACUUAAUUUCAUAAGAUCUAAUACAUAACCUCACAGUAGGUUAAUCAUUAGGAUAUGUCUAUACUCCCAUUUACAGCACUUAUCUUCUGGAGGUUCUGGAGUCUGUAGCAUGACAAUUUUUUAACAAUGGGUGAUUUUUUGGCCAACAAUAAUAUAUGCGGCCAGAAUAUUCUAAGGCUCGUUUCACGAGGAAAUGCAAUCAUCGCGGAACUUAUGCGCCUCAAGGAAUAUGUGCCCCGAGUGUUUAGAUUGGAUACAAAGCAAUAUGUACAAAAGUACGGUGCCAUUAUUCUUGAUUUCGCUUACUUCAAGGCUGAAGAUACCUAUGAACAGAAAAUCGAAAAUGAUGCAACACUACGAGAAAUUGAUGAAAAUUUACGAGAGAAUUAUGCAGACAUACUCACAAGAUUUUACUUGGCCUUUGAGAGCAUUCACAAAUACGUUACUGAUCUGAAUUCAUAUGUUGAUGAAUUGGAGGAUGGAGUUUAUAUCCAACAAAAUGUGGAAAGUGUCAUGCUCAACGAAGAAGGCAAACAAUUGAUGUGCGAGGCGGUAUAUUUGUAUGGAGUAAUGUUACUUCUUGUGGAUCAUCAAUUCGAAGGCCAAGUUCGUGAGCGACUUCUAGUUUCCUACAAUAGAUAUAAUGCGCAACGUUCGUCAGCCACGAAAGUCGAGCACGUUUGUAGACUUUUGAGAUCAACAGGAUUUUCGAAGACGUCUCAAAAACGGCCUACAAAUUAUCCUGAAAAUUAUUUCCAGCGAGUACCAAUAAAAGCCUCAUUGAUCGACCUUUUGAUCGGUCGGUUAAGAUCGGAUGAAAUCUACAACCAGACUCUUGCGUUUCCUCAUCCUGAGCAUCGGAGCAUUGCUUCUGCAAAUCAAGCAGCAAUGCUCGUCAUCAUUUUAUCCUUUCAGGCCGAAACUCUUCACUCCCAAUCUGCCAUGAUGCGAGAAAUAGUUGAUCGGUUCUUUCCUGACAACUGGGUCAUUAGUAUUUACAUGGGAAUAUUAGUGAAUUUGCAGCAGUGGUGGCUUCCUUACAAAGCAGCCAGAACCGCGCUCAAUAAUACCCUCGAGAUUUCGAACGUGAAGAAAAUAGCACAGAAUUGUGGUCAAAAAAUAAAGGAACAAAUAGUGAAAACUGAAAAACUGCAAUUAGCCGUAACAUUCGAUGAGCACGAGAUCGAAUCAAUUGUUAAACUCAUACGCGAGUGCAACGUUUCACUGCACUGGAUUCUUUUGCACACUGCAACACCCACUAUUUUGAUCGAGGAUUCGAAACGAUCACGAACUCUUCGUCAACAAGUUAUCCAUGAAAGUGACUGUACGACUGAUGACUGUCUCCGCUUGUUGCUCAGCACAGCACAGAUUGAGCACCAUUUGAAAAAUAUGUACAAGCGAUUACUAACCGACAAAGAAUCCAAAUGGAUCGAGAAGAAGAACACAUGCGUUGAACGUCUAAUGAACCUCGCUGAAGUUUUCAGUGGUAAUAAAUUUCUCGACGGCGUAGAAUCCAACGAGUGCCUUAAAUCGUGGUUUAAAGAUACCAGUGGACACGUCAAUUCGCUGCAACAAGAGGACGGUCGAAUAAUAGCUCAAUUGUUACAAGCUUUGGGAGAAGUACAAGAAUUUCAUCAACUGAAGAAUAAUCUGCAAGUGUCUCGUUACUUGACGGACACAUGUGACAUAUUGCACAAUAUGUUGCGAACUGGCAGCAUGACCGAAGAUACGAUGAUAGCUUUGAACAUCGUUACUGAUUGUUGUUACGCCUGGAAUAUAAUGGAAUCUUUCGUCGGUAUAAUGCAGUCUCGUAUCAAAGAAAAUCCACCCAUGGUUACUAAACUCAAGGCAUUGUUUUCCAAAAUGGCUUCGGCAUUGGAAACUCCAUUGUUACGGGUCAACCAAGCCAGGAGCGCGGACCUUUCCUCAGUGUCUCAAUACUAUUCGAGACAACUGGAAAGUUACGCUCGUCGUGUGUUACAAAUUAUUCCGGAAACUGUAUUCGGUCUUCUCGCCCAAAUUGUUCAUUUAGAAACGAACGUAUUCAAGGAGGUUCCAACAAAACUGAGCAAAGACAAUCUCAAGGAUUAUGCUCAGCUCGAUGAACGUUUACAGAUGGCAAAAUUGACGUACGAAGUAUCAGUCUUUACAAAAGGAGUACUCUCGUUAAAAAGUGUUUCUCUUGGGGUAUUGAGGGUCGAUUCUCAUCGGCUUUUAGAAGACGGCAUUCGAAGAGAACUCGUGCAAAAAGUUACACUCACUUUGCAGAACGGUCUCACUUUCGAUCCCAAGUCCAAAGUUCCUCUAGCAACAAAGUUGAGUACUUUGACCAUGGUGAUGGAAGGAUAUAGAAAAUCUUUUCAAUAUAUUCAAGACUACAUAAACAUCAACAGUUUAAAAAUCUGGCAUGAAGAAAUCACUUAUAUCAUAAAUUCGGCUCUUGAGGAAGAAUGCAGGGAGUCAACGUGGACGCCGGAAAAAUCAUGGAAGUUUUUACUGUACGAGGAUAAAGUUGACAGUGUUAUGCCAACCGAGACGAAUUCUGGAACAUUCAUGGGUCGACUAGCUCGUGAAUUAAUGCGAGUGACGGAUCCCAAGACAACGGUGUACAUAGAGCAUGCACUUGCUUGGUACGAUUUGAAGACACAGAGCGAGAUUUUGACCCAUAAAGUUUUUUCAAUGAUUUUGGAAGCGAUUGGAACACCUGGUUUGGCUGGGCUCGACAAAUUGAUAUCACAUUAUGUGACGGUUGAAUUAAAUGGUUUAAAUAAUUACAUGGAGAAGGGUGUCCACGACAAAACAUGGACAAGCAUGUUGGACGAGUGCAGAUCAUUUAUUCAGCAUCCUGAUUACAUCAAGGGCACGACAAACAAUCCUUCAAGACUCUAUGCCAUGAUAUCCGGUCAUUCGAACAAAAUUUGGCCUUCGAUGUUCGAAAGUGUUAUGAGAAUCGGCCAUUUUCAAUUGUUCAGAAACAAAAUAGCUUAUGAACUGAACACAGUUUGUAAAUUCGAAGCGAAACAUAUGGAAGCUGCUCUACGAACUUUAAACGCCGCCGUUCUUUCGGAACUCCGGAAAAAACCCUCCGACGUUUUGAUCAACCAGGAAGAAACGGAUUUGCUGCGCGAGCUCAGCGUUAGGCUCGACUGGACGGGAAUUAGCGAUCCUCUGAACAAGGCAUACGUCAAACCACCGAGUAUCAGUGACGUCACUAUUGUUAUGUUCCUUUUCACUGUAUCGUAUCUUCACAAAUUGCAUUACUGUAAAAAUACCGCGAGUUUAUUGAGCAAGAAAAUAAACGAUCCGGUCGACGCUGUGGUUUUUACAAUCGGCAUGCAGACGGUACUCCAUCAGUUUCCGCCUUCGGUAUUCACGAUCUACAUUUCUUACGUGUGUCAAUACGUGUUAACCUUCGUUACAGCAGAAAGUGGAAAAAUUAGCGGUGAGUGGGAAACCGAAGGAGUAACGGGCCUGCAUUAUCUUCAGUUACUCACCAAAUAUUCUGGCCUACCGAAAUCCGUGAUACUCGAAAACAUUCCUGUCAUCGUACUCGAUCAGUACAAAAAAAUGACCAAGUAAUUUAACCCCAGCUAAUAUAUAAAAAUACGUGGUACGAUAUACACACAAAUAUAAAUAUUUGCAACGAU